AUUUAAUUUAUAGUCUCCGAUUGUCGCUCUAGUCCGUCACUCCUCCUCACCGGCGAGUAGCAGCAGUUUUUAACUCUCUUUUGUUUCUUUUAACUCUUCAAAAGUUUCUUGUUCAACCCCAUUCGUCUUCCGUCUCUCCAUUGAUGGAUAACGAUGUAAAGCCAGAGACUAUACCACCCUACAUUCCGCGAGACGACACUGUAACUCUCAUCGAUCUAUGCAGCAGCGAUGACUCCGACGUCGAGGAACAUGUUGCCGAACGAAGGUAUAAUUCCGUGGGUGCCAAGAGAGGGCGAGAUACUUCCUCUGCAUGGGACAGAGAGAAUGUGAAGAGAGGAACGGUGGAGAAUGAGUUGGCAGUCGUGUUGCCGCCGGGAGGAUUUGACCAAUCGGUUCCUCCGGUGAAUAUGACGCAUACUUUCCCGGCGGAUCCAUGCAAUGCCUUCUCGCAUAUGCCGGCGGCGGGAGUGUCGUCGGGUAGAGUUGGCAGUUGCAAGCAGUUUUGGAAAGCUGGGGAUUAUGAAGGAGCGCCUGGUGGUAAUUGGGAUCUUUCUUCAGGUGGCUUUGAUCAUGUAAGGGUCCAUCCCAAGUUCCUACAUUCUAAUGCUACCAGUCACAAAUGGGCUCUUGGAGCUUUUGCAGAGCUUUUGGACAAUGCUUUGGAUGAGGUUGCCACUGGAGCUACUUAUGUUAACGUAGACAUGCUUGAGAACAAGAAAGAAGGAAACAGGAUGUUAUUAAUUGAAGAUAAUGGAGGUGGGAUGGAUCCUGAAAAAAUGCGACAAUGCAUGUCUCUAGGAUACUCUGCCAAAAGCAAACUUGCGAACACCAUUGGACAAUAUGGAAAUGGUUUUAAGACGAGUACAAUGAGACUUGGAGCUGAUGUCAUUGUAUUCUCCCGCUGCCCUGGAAAAGAUGGAAAGAGCGCUACGCAGAGCAUCGGGCUCCUAUCAUAUACGUUUCUGAGGAGCACAGGAAAGGAGGACAUUGUUGUACCCAUGCUUGACUACAAAAAAAGUGACCCUGAAUGGAGUAAAAUAGUCCGGUCUUCCCUAAGUGAUUGGGAUAAGAAUGUGAAAACAAUAAUUCAAUGGUCGCCUUUCUCUAGUGAAGAGGAUCUUCUUCGUCAGUUUGGUCUAAUGAAGGAUCGUGGGACACGGAUCAUCAUAUAUAACCUGUGGGAAGAUGAUCAUGGGUUGCUGGAACUUGAUUUUGAUGCUGAUCCACAUGAUAUCCAACUCAGAGGUGUCAAUAGGGAUGAGAAAAACAUCAAAAUGGCUGCUCAGUUUCCUAACUCUAGGCACUUCCUAACCUUCAAACACUCACUUAGGAGUUAUGUAUCAAUCCUUUACCUAAGAAUCCCACCUGCAUUUCGUAUCAUACUAAGAGGAAAAGACGUUGAGCACCACAACGUCGUGAAUGAUAUGAUGCAGACUGAGCAGAUCACAUAUCGACCUCAGUAUGGUGCCGAUACUUAUGUUAAGGAUUCCAAUAUGUCUGCCGUUGUAGUUCUCGGAUUCGUGAAGGACGCUAAACACCAUGUUGAUGUUCAAGGCUUUAAUGUCUACCACAAAAACCGACUCAUCAAGCCGUUUUGGAGGAUAUGGAAUGCAGCAGGCAGUGAUGGUCGUGGAGUCAUAGGUGUUCUUGAAGCUAAUUUUGUUGAGCCUGCUCAUGAUAAGCAAGGCUUUGAGCGUACAACAGUUCUCUCUAGACUCGAAACACGUCUAGUUCAAAUGCAGAAGAUUUAUUGGAGCACCAACUGUCACAAAAUUGGCUACGCACCUAGGCGAUACAAGCCUGUAAACGGAUAUAGUCACAGAGACACAUCACCAGAGAAUGAUCCUGAGGGAUCUGCUCCACCAGGCAUCAAAACUAGAGCUUCUGACAAGUUCUACUCCAGCUCAUAUCCUAGUCAUCAUAAAGGGGACAAUGGUGUGCCAGGGAAAGAUAGUACACUGUAUUUGCAAGAGGAGCUGAGACGUGAGAAAGAGCGUAGCAAGGCACUUGAAGAUGAGGUUAAUAUAGCAAGGGAGAAAAUAGAAGAAAUGAGCAAAGAGCAAGAGAAUCUAAUUGAGAUAUUCACAGAGGAAAGAGAUAGGCGUGAUGGAGAGGAAGAAAAUCUUAGGAAGAAGCUAGAGGAGACGUCGAACACGAUCGAAGAGUUGUUGAAUAAGAUCAGAAAGCUGGAGGACUCUAAAGGCUCGAGCUGGAGACGUUAGGCAUUGAACUUGCAUAUAUGAUUUGAUGUUGACUUAUGAAAAAGGUAUUUCUAUUUGAUUUGUGGCUCAACCUGCAUGGGGGUUGGGAUGCAUGUUGUAGAUUGGUGUAACAGUUGUAAUUGGUUUUAGUCUCCGGUUGGAGUUACUCUAAUAAAUUCAAAAUUGGAGUUAUUU